UAUAUUUUGUGCCUUAAAAAUUGAAAUAAGACUAGGGCGGUAUAUGCAUAAGUUAUUUUCAGCAUGCGAAGCAAAAAGAGAAUCCCCGGAGCGCCGGCGCCGUCGCUGACCAUUCAAAAUACUCUUCCUCUCCCGCCCCAACUUUGUUUUGAAGGUGAAACCCUUGCUCGUUUCCUCAAAUCGGUGCAGAGGGAGAUCGAAUCGGCUAGAAUCGUAGACGAAACUCUGCCUCUUAAGAUUUGGAUUAAGCAACAAUUUGCUGUGGGGGUGAAUGAAGUCACGCGAGGACUUGAGCGAAUGCCUCCUAAUCGUGGAGAUGAAAAAUCCCCGGUUGGGAAGAAUGUGGAUGAUGGUGAAGCCAGGUGUGGCUACUUUCAGGUGAUAUUGGUAGCGUCAGACUGCAAUCCUCGAACCUUGACAAAGCAUCUACCAGCAUUGGCCGCUUCAAGAAAUGUUCCACUUAUCUCUGUAAGAGAUAGAAAAGAAGGUUCUUUAAGAUUAGGCGAGCUGAUAAAGGUGAAAACAGCAAUCGCCAUUGGAGUAAAGGCUAAAGGAAAUGCUAUCAAUCAACUAAUAAAAGAAGCCCUAACUAACAACAAGAUCAAUAGCACUGAAGAGGAAGCAUAAAGUUAGGAGGGCCUUCCUUCAUCAGCUGAUGUUCUUCUCUAGCGCCUGAUGGCGGAGAGAUGGAGAAGAACGUGAUCAAAUUAAUGGAAGUAUAAAACGGAGUCUGAAGCUAAAAGGACUAAUAAUCUUGAUUGCAUUUGAAUUCCUCAACAGGUAACCCUAGUAAUGGUAUUUAUUCAGUAUAUGUAACUGACUAAAACCAGUAGCAUGAUCUAUUUGAAUGUAAAGAUAGUUUAUGCUAUGAAAUUAGCUUUGUCAACAUGUAACUUCAUUCAGAUUAUCACCUCAGACAUAUCAACUUGCACCAUGAAAUGUGAGAAAUAAUUGUGUUA